AUGCAGAAAGAAAUCGAUACAGUGCAAUUAAGCUGGCAACAAGCUCAACAGCAGCUGAUUUCAAAAUUGCAGAAUGAGCAUGAAGUAGCUAUCCAAACACUCCAGAGCCAACAUCAAGCUGCCAUCGAAUUUUACCAUAAUGAGCAGAAAUCCGUGCGUGAGCAGGCAAAAUCAGCACAUGAGGAAGCAUUGAAAAAUAAAGAAAAGGAACUUGAACAGAUGACCGAACAAUUUAAUCAGCUCAAGAAUGACUUAAAGAAAAACUCGGAUGUUGAUGCUGCCACCGCUGAGGAAUUACGUACUCUCCAAAUUGCGUAUGAGAAAAUGAUUACCGCUAAAGAUAAAGAAAUCAAGGAGGUCGAAGAACGUCUUGAAGAAAUGGUUGGCUCUGAUAAUAGCCGUAUCAAAAAUGAGGAUGAAAACCGGGUCCAAGCCAUUGUAUCUCAGCAUCAAAAGGAAAUUAAAGUACUUCAAACUCAAUUCCAGCAAAUGCUUGACUUAAAAGACAAGGAGCUUGAAGGCUUCUCAUAUCGUUUAAAGACUGUUACAACCUCACAGCAAAAAGAUCUCGAAAGGUUAAGUGAUGAUUACCGACAAAAGUUCUCAAGCUUAGAUUUGGAAUGUCAAAAGAAGGAAGAAAGCUUGAAGUCAAAAGCGCUUGAAAUGCGAUGGAUGGCUGCUGAAUUUGAAAGCUCUGAGGCUAAAUUGAAAGACCAGGGCACAAAACUCCAGAAUUUGGAAAAUGACAAUGCUAAACUCCGACAGGAAGCUGAACAAUACAAGGAAGAAAAUGACCAAAUGCUUAGGCAAGUAUAUUACCUACAAAUGCUAUAA